AUGUCUGGACGAGGAAAGGGUAAGACCGGCAAGAAGGCCAUGAGCCGAUCCGCCAAGGCGGGCCUCCAAUUCCCGGUUGGCCGUGUCGCGCGAUACUUGAAGCAAGGCAAGUACGCCACCCGCGUCGGUGCCGGCGCCCCGGUGUACCUCGCCGCGGUGCUCGAGUACCUCGCCGCUGAAGUUCUUGAACUCGCUGGCAACGCGUCCCGCGACAACAAGAAGUCGCGCAUUGUGCCGCGCCACAUCCAAUUGGCGAUCCGCAACGACGAAGAGCUUUCCAAGCUCCUCGGCACGGUCACGAUCGCGUCCGGUGGUGUUCUCCCGAACAUUCACUCCGUGCUCUUGCCGAAGAAGUCCAAGAAGUAA